ACUGAACACAAGAUGUCUGUGGAGGAGGUCUGCCGGAAACACAACGCAGACUGUGUGCAGGGUCUCACACACGCCAAGGCAGCGGAGUUCCUAGCCCGCGAUGGGCCGAAUGCCCUGACGCCCCCUCCCACCACCCCGGAGUGGAUCAAGUUCUGUCGCCAGCUCUUUGGUGGGUUCUCCAUCCUCCUGUGGAUCGGGGCCAUCCUGUGUUUCCUGGCGUACGGCAUCCAGGCAGCUACCGAGGAUUCACCGGCCGGUGACAAUUUGUACCUGGGAAUUGUGCUGUCCGCUGUGGUCAUCAUCACCGGCUGUUUCUCGUAUUAUCAAGAGGCUAAAAGUUCAAAGAUCAUGGAGUCCUUCAAAAACAUGGUUCCUCAG